UUUCAAGUCCGCCUUUCCUCGCCGAAUCCACACCUCCAUCAAUGUUCUUGUUCGUACAGAUCCACUCUCCAAUCCCUUUGCCCUAAUUACCAAAUACAGAAAAUAAAUAAAUUAAAAUAGAAAUAAAAUAACAAAUGUUGUGCCCCCAAACUCCUCAAAUUUCCAAUUUCGCCCCACAAUUCGAAGAAAACACUCCCACCUCGAAUUCGCUCUCCUUCACCGAUCGACCGUCUUCUCUGCGCCUCAAAUUUUCUCGCUUCGAAUUCAACUUGUCUUAGGUUCCAGUUCCGAUUCAUGCCUCGAAUUGUAGCCAAUUUCUGUGAUUUGACCAUUUUCGACCCGAACUAGGUUUCAACAGCUCGAGUUCCCGAAGAAAUUGACGCCAUUUUCGCUCUCCGUGAGCUUCUCCGACGUCGCUUUGCUGGGGCUUUAGUUAAAGCUUUGGUCUUUGAGAAGUUACAAUGGACUACGGGCUCUCUGAUAGCAGUGGUACAGACGAUGAUCUUCCCCCUUCUCAUCAAAAUAGAUUCCAGCGAGGAGGUCGUGCUUCUGGAAAUGGAAGAUCUGCACCAGUUGGUUCUGCUCAGAUGCCUAGGAUCCAUGGUGACAUGGAAACCCAGAUUCACCACAUUGAGCAAGAAGCAUACUGUUCAGUUCUUCGAGCCUUUAAAGCUCAAUCUGAUGCUAUCACUUGGGACAAGGAGAGCUUAAUUACGGAAUUAAGAAAGGAGUUAAGAGUAUCUGAUGAGGAACACCGGGAGCUUCUGUCCAGGGUUAAUGCCGAUGAUAUGAUCCGGAGAAUAAGGGAAUGGAGAAAGGCAAGUGGGCUUCAACCAGGCAUGGGUAGUGCUCCUCAACCUGUUCACGACCCCAUACCUAGUCCAACUGUUUCUGCAUCGCGCAAAAAACAGAAAACGUCCCAGUCUGUAGCUUCAUUGUCUCUUGGAGCUCCGCCACCUGCACUGCCUCCCUCUAUGCAGCCGUCUUCAUCAGCUUUAAGACGAGGUCCUCCUCCUGGAGCUCGAACCAAAAAGCCAAAAUCAUCCAUGCAGUACCCUUCUACAGGUGUCACUGGAAGGGCCCAAGCGACUAAUCGGGGUUCCACAGGUGCCUUUGGAACAACUGAAGCUGCUGAGGGAGCAGCUUUUGAUCCGUUAAUAGGAAGAAAAGUUUGGACAAGGUGGCCUGAAGACAACCACUUCUACGAGGCCGUUAUAACUGACUACAACGCUCUUGAGGGUCGACAUGCUCUGGUUUAUGAUAUUAAUACAGCAGAUGAGACAUGGGAAUGGGUUAAUCUCAAAGAGAUAUCUCCUGAAGAUAUUAGGUGGGAAGGUGAAGAUCCUGGGAUUUCUCGUAAAGGUGGCCGCCCUGGACCCGGCCGAGGGAAUAAGAAAUCCAUGACACGUGGUGGUGCAGUUCCUGGCGCUGGAAGGGGUAGAGGGACCACAAAGGGUCAAUCAAAGAAAGAUUUCCCUUUACAACAGAAUGGCAUUGGGAAGAAGGGUAUGGGUGAUAUAGAAAUACUUCACACGGACACGUUGAUUAAGGAGGUUGAAAAAGUUUUUGGGGCUAGCCAUCCUGACCCUAUGGAAAUUGAGAAGGCAAAAAAAGUGCUGAAAGACCAUGAACAAGCUUUGGUCGAUGCAAUUGCGAAGCUUGAAGAUGCAUCUGACGGUGAAAGUGAAGCAGAUGAGGGAGAUCAUCCAUUCUCUCAAGGGCAAUCAAUGGACCAUGAACGAGGAUGGAGGAAACGGCAGUUUGAUGAGAUGGGCGAAGGACGACCAGUUGAAGGUCCAAAUGGUGAUAAAAUGGCUAGGGAUGGAAGACUUGUACCGGAUGAUCAGCGUUACGACGGUGAUGACGUGUAACACUUGGGGCCUUGGGAUGUUCGUAGCGCCCAAUUACAUAUGUAUUUGUAGUGUGCCAUAUGCUAAUUUAGUGACUCAACUAGGUUGAUGACCCUUCUGUUGUAUUUCAUUUGCUAGGAGUAGGCUUUAUUUCAUUGUAAGUUUUAACUUAAAAGCAGGGAGAAUGUUUCGUGUAAAAAAAUUUUUGUAACAAACGACACUUGGUUUAUGUAAAGAUUGUUCUAAUUAUGGCCGCUUGUUUCUCCCUCUAUCGCCAUAUGUAAUUAUAUAUCAUUUGGCUA